GCACUAAAACCUCGAGAUGAAAAUCUCAAUCACAUUUAUAUUAAUAUACGUCAUCGCGCCAUCCUGGUGCCAAGAUGAAACAGUGUUUCACUGCUCACCCAAGCCGGGUUGCCAGAUUGCACAAUGUGAUCCGGUUGCUGUAAGAUGGGACAGACCGGGUUUCAACAUCGAUAAACAGCUGCAUGACAAGGAGUUUCCGAUUACAUGCAAAUCUGAGAAUGCGGCAAAGCCUCAGAAUACUGGAAAUUUAUUUCCUUUAGUAUCCAGGAAUAUUUUAGAUAUCGGACAUAUCAAAUCAGAUUUAAGAGAACUGGAAGAAGGUUUCGAAAAUAAAUUGAAAAAUAUUGGCAGUCCUGGAAAUGACGAAAGUGGCGACAAAAUUGAAGAACAAUCAACAGAAAUCAACAAUCUUAAAAGGAGAGUUGAACAACAAUCUGAUGAAAUGAAGAAACUGAAGGAAGAAUUUGAAGAGCUUUGGGCAAUAAAUAGCAAGUUACUGGAGAAGCAGUCGAAAACUGCGCAACAGUCUACUGAAAUAAAAGAGUUGAAGAAAGAAAUAUCCCGGAUUGAACGAAGACUUGUCGUUAUGGAUAAGCCUCAUCAGCUUCCAGAUUCCGGGCAGAUUACCAAACCAACAACAAAGACUCGAACAACAUUGAAACCAACUUCUGCUUCAGAAAACUGCAAAUUAAAGGUUGGAAAAAUUUGUUAUUUUGCUGUGAUACAUGAUGAAUGGGAUGUCAACUACGACAAAGCAGUUGAUAUUUGUAAGAAACGUAAUGCAUAUGUUGGUCUCAUUGAAGAUAAAGAAUUUUACAAUGCAAUUAUGAAAUACUUGAGAAAGGAAAUUCCGAAAGGAGAGGUGUGGAUUAAUAUAUGGACAGGAAUCCACUUUGAUCCAAUGACUGGUGCCUUCUCACCCAUAGAUUCAUUCAUUGAAUGGCGUUCGGGUAGCUAUCCAAAAACGGGAAUUAAAUAUAAAGACCAUACAAUUGUUUACCUUGAAGUUCGUUCCAACCCGAAUUAUUUUCAAGGGAUGGUGAAUGAAUACCCAACUAGGAAGCUCAAUGGAGUUAUUUGUGAGAUCCAGAUCUAAUGAGAGUCUGACUUGUUAUAUUUUGUUCUUCUUGAUCUAUAAUUAAUGAAAUAUAAAUCAUUGAAUUUUGAUUUAAAAUUUAAACGUUUAUCAUUUCUAAUAAUUACAGCAUAAAACAGUAAAUAUCAAUUAAUAAUUAAAAUAAAGUAAAACUGUUGCACUAAAUUAAUUUUCAUAACUCUAAUUUUGAA